CUCUCUCUCUCUCUCUCUCUCUCUCUAUCUAUCUAUCUAAAUGUCUCAAGAGUGUAUUUUUGCUUUUCCGGAGAUGGAGCAGCAAACGACGACGACGACGAUAAUGAAGGAUUGUGGAGUUGAAGUCAGUCCUGAAGAGAAAGGGUUCGAAGGUGCAUUGACUCCUAAAGUGGCCACAGAGCAUCUAAGAAAUUCCCAGAAUCCUGAGGACAUUGGCAUGACAGUCACUGCCACUGGAGAUUCAGGAAAGAAGGGAGCUGAUGCUGUCAUGAUGAUGAGUGAUAAAACUCCUCCAGUUUUAACAUCAAUAGAUGUCAUUGUUUUCCCAGCAAAAGAAUCUGUUUCAGUUGUGACCCCGUCCCUGAUCAUAACGGCAACACCCUUGAAACAAAUAGAGGCUGAAACUGAAAGAAAGAAUCAGAAUGGUUUGGAAAAUAGUUCAACUCAACAGGAGAUGCCUGGGGAUAGCAGAGGAAAAAGGCAAAAAUUGGAAAGAAAUAAACCGGAAAAUGAAUUGCUGGGGGAGUUGGACGCAUUUAAGGUAAAAUUUGCGGAGGUGAGAGACGCAUUUAAGACCUUUGCUGACACAACGGAAAAAGUACUGGACGAGAAAGACUGUGUGAUUUUGUUGCUGAAACAUAAGCUGGAGUCUAAAACGAAUGUGUUGGCUCCCUAGGUAUAUGAAGUUCAAUUCCAGUGUUAUUUUUGUUUUGAAUAAAAUGUUCAGUUUGAAUUAAAAAGAAAUAACGUUUUUACAUCUAGUGCCACAUUUGUUUAAAUCAAUGCAGAAGAAACAGAGUUUAUGAUCCUCUUAUGUGGAAAGUCUUGUUGCUAGCCAAAGUUGCAGACCGUUAUUGGAUUAAAAGUACUUUUAUAAUCAAUUCUUUUAAAUUCCUUAAGAUUCUAGUGUUAUUCAAGUUGUUGAUUUUUCGUUUCUGUUAG